GUACUGUCCGGCUUUUCUAGGUUCUCAGUCCUCGGUGCAGCACAGCUGGAGUCUGACCAUGCGAGUUGUGCUGCGAGACAUUCUCAGUCGCUGUUCGAUAAGACACCUCGCUCGUGCUCGUUGGAUCGCUUGUCAAUCGCGUAGGAACGUAACAAGUUCUUGCAAUUUACAAGUAUCAUCGUCGGCCGUAGAUGCUAUUGCGCUAGUAUCAGCACAUGUGGCCCACUGCAGGCCGUUUCCGAAGCGCACUCACACCUGUAAAUCACUAUCGUCUAAUGAAGUUGACCGCCGGGUCGUGUUGACCGGCUGGCUUCUCCCAGAAAGAAAAGUCAAUAAGGAACUGUCGUUCUUCAACUUGAGGGAUCCAUACGGUACAUUACAACUCGUUGUAGCUGCAAAUACAUGCGGAGAAGCUCUAUCAAGAAUGCGUGACAUACCCACCGAGUCGACAGUGCUGCUGCAGGGAUUAGUUAAGGCGCGAACGGAGGAUCAUCGGCGGCCUUAUCCUGGUGGUGACAUCGAGAUUCUGGUCGAAUCGUUCAUGUUACUGAACCCCGCUGAUCGAAGCCUACCUUUCAUGCCAAACGACACCCAAAAUCUGGCGAAUGAACACCUCAGAUUGCGUUAUCGCUACCUCGACCUCCGCCGAGACGCUCUUUCCAGCAACUUGAAGAAGCGCAGCGAAGUAGCUCAUAUAAUAAGAACGGUCCUUCAUGAACAAGACUUCACUGAGGUUGAGACCCCCGUUUUGCUGAAAUCUACACCGGAAGGCGCCAGGGAGUUCCUGGUACCCACCCGCGUGACGACUAACCCCGCCGAGGAUGGUUCACCUGAAUCGCAUCAACCCACGUCGCAGCCGCUCUUCUACGCUCUUCCGCAAUCCCCGCAGCAGCCCAAACAGCUGUUGAUCGCUUCCGGGGCUAUCGAUCGGUAUUACCAGCUCGCCCGCUGCUUCCGUGAUGAAGACGGAAGAAAGGACCGGCAGCCUGAAUUCACACAAGUUGAUCUUGAGAUGGCAUGGGUCAGCUGGGGAGAACAUACGAACGCGAAGGGCCACCAAGUUGAUACUAAAGUCUCGACCAGCGUUGAUGAGGAUAACGGGACUGACCUUUCCCGCUCACCGGACAGUUGGAGAAUCGGCGGACAUGAGGUUCGGGAUAUUGUCGAGAGACUUGUCCGCAGAGUCUGGUUGGAAGUCGAGGGAGUCGAGCUACCCGCCAAGUUCAACGUCACGACAUAUGACACGGCGAUGGGUCGCUACGGUAGUGACAAGCCUGAUUUGCGCUUCAAAUUAGAGAUUGAGGAUAUCACUCCGUAUUUACCUCUUUCCAUGCGUCAAUUGCUGGCUUCCACAGGAGAAAUUAUUGAAGCUCUUGUGGUGCGAAGAUCGCGGUCGACUGACGUCCCAUUUCUUGGAGCUGUUGAAGAACUUCAUGCAAAAGGAAUAACUGGCACGGAAUCCGUAGAUGUGCCAACUGGUGCUGAUACAACAUGGGUCAAGCAGUCAAAAACACUGCAAGAGGUCUUGACGAAGUUGGAAGAGGGCACUGAGAAUCAAGAGCUCCCACAUCUAACUGAAGCACUUGAUUUAAACAUGGGAGGGACAGUUUGGCUCACGAGACGCCGUCGCAGACCAGAGGGAGGUUCCACUGCUCUUGGCCGUGUUCGUCUUGAGCUAGCGAGUCUCGCACAAAGUAGAGGGGAUCUCACGCUUCCGUGCGAUCCUCACUUUCUCUGGGUCACCGAGUUUCCGCUGUUUACUCAUGCGGACACCGACAAGGAGUUCUUAGCCCAUGGGAGGUGGAGUAGCUCUCACCAUCCGUUCACGGCUCCAAUGUGGCAAGAUAUCGAAAAGAUGUACGGUGGCGAUGUGGCUGAGGUGCGAGGACAGCACUACGAUCUCGUCCUGAACGGCGUAGAAAUCGGCGGCGGGUCGGUCAGGGUCCACGAUGCAGCUAUGCAAGGAUACAUUUUCGCACAGAUUCUGCAGCUGGACGAUCAUGAGACCAACUCAUUUGAGCACCUCCUGCAUGCUCUGCGAUGUGGAGCUCCUCCUCAUGGGGGAUUCGCUUUCGGGUUCGACCGCCUCAUGGCUAUUCUAUGCAAAACGGAGAGCAUCCGCGAUGUCAUCGCUUUCCCGAAGACUGGCGCCGGUACAGAUCUGCUGUUCAGGAGCCCCGCCCCCGCUAGUGCAUCUGUGCUAGCACAAUAUGGCAUUCGCCCGCGGUAGCCUGCUUCGUGUGGAUACUCUGGAUGCAUAAUCAAUCCCAAUGCUAUUGAUAUAUGGACCAUAUAUAUAAGACAUUUUCGAGAGGCAGGCGAAGAGGUAGCGGAUGCCCAAGGUA